AAGUAUGUGUGUGAUAAAUAAAAGUUAACGAAACAACAAGCUUAACAUUGGUGCACUGGCCGAGUGUUUGUCAAUUCAACAUCACAAACAAAUUGAGAUAUUAAAAAUCAAUUAAAUUACUAAACUGGUUAGUACACGCAGUAUUUCCGACGUACAAGCUGAAGAAAACUUUAAACAAUACGAACAACAACUUGAAGAGAAACGACGAGAACGUCAACAAACACAACAAUAUUUAUCAGAAGUGAAUCGACUUGGUAAUAUCGAAGUUGAACAAACGAGUCCAACACAACGUAUUGAAAGUUUUAUUAUUCGACGACCACUUGUAUUCGAAAUGGCAGAUAAAAUAUUAACUUCCCGCAUUAGUAAACAAUUGGAUCGAUGGCCUACAUUCGGUGGAAAAUUAACGGAAAAUGUAACCAAAUGGUUAAAAGAUAUUACAAAUGAAAUGGAUUUGGUUAAAUUCGAUAAUGCACAAAAAUUAAGUGUCAUUCAAACUUAUUUAGUUGAUGAUGCGAGAAAAUGGUUGAUUAAUAAUAUGGAAAGAUUAUCGACAUGGCCGGCAUUCGUCGAAGCAAUCAAGCAAACAUAUUCAUCAGCAUUUGCUAAGGAAGCAGCCAUUACUCAAGUAGCUCAACGAAAUCAAGGGUUAGAUGAGACGGUGAUGCAUUAUUAUAAUGAUAUGAUAGAAUUAUUCGAUGUUAUUGAUCACCACAUGAAUGAUUUAUUGAAAGUUAGCUAUCUAAAAAAUGGAUUAAAACUAUCAUUGAAAAAAGAAGUAUCAAGAAAAAAUCCUCAAACACCAUCUGAAUUUAUCAGAGCAGCAGUAGAAGAAGAAGGUCUGGAUUAUGGUAUAGCAACAUCAGUACAUAAUUGGGAAAAUCCAGUCAAGAAAGAAAUACAAUCAACAAACGACUUUUCAUCAAUACAACACAACUACCAGUAUACAUCAUAUCCGCAAGAUCAAAGUGAAAAUGAUAAUGAAGAUUAUUAUGCACGAAUCACAGCCUCCAAUAAUCGAUAUCAACAACAACACCAACAGCAAAAUCAAUAUCGACCACAACAACAAAAUCAAUAUCAACA